GUCUGCUCGAUGACGUCACCCUGAAACCCAAAACGUGCAGUUGCAUGUUCGGUCCGUCAGGUGGCGGCAGCGGACCUCGUUGAGACCAGCUCACAGCGAAGCCCAUAGAAGAAGGAGGAUCGCUGUCAUGGCGGCCAAGGUGGUGAUGGUGGCCGUCCCAACUGUGCUGGGAAUAGCCUCCAUUCGUGUGUACAAUGUGAGCGAAGCACCGGCUGAUGGGAUCACCAGAGAAAAGCUGAACAUCUACACCCCAGUGCCACAGUCCGCUCAGGUGUUUCUUCCAGAGAGGCCUGGUGUCAUUGAGAGCGGGUUAACUACAGCGAGAGAGAGCAUAAUGCCUUUUGUCCAGACUGUUAAGGGUGCCUGUUUCUCUGUGAAAACGGGAAGUGUUAAUCUUUACCAUGCAGGAGAGGAUGCAUACUACUACUUGAAAGACCCUCCCCCAGGUUUUCUACCACGACUUAGUACCAUCACCAUGGCUGGCCUGCUUGGCAUGGUCUUGGCACGGAAAGGUUCUCGUUUCAAGCAGCUAGCAGUUCCGCUGGGCCUGAUGUUUGCAGGAGCCUCGGUGUGUUACCCGGCCCAGACAGUGGCUGUGGUAAAGGUGACAGGUAAGAAGGUGUAUGCUGCAGGACAGUGGAGCAGUGCUACGGUAUCUUCACUGUUGGCGCCCAAGACCCUGGAGCAGGUUGAUAAGAAGAUUACUCCUUCACAACCACAGUCCUCUGUAGAGUUUGCAGUCGUGGAGGUGGCUUCUGAGUCCAGUUCUACACCAAGAGCUACAACAUCAGAAGUGGAAUCAGCUGUUUCUUUGUCUGCUGAGCCUGGUGUCGGUGUCAUAACUGAGGAGGCUUCAUUAGUGACACUUUCAGACUCCUCCUUUGACCAGACCCAAACAGACCCCAACACAGCUCCAUCACAGACUGAAACCAUCACAACCUCUCAUGAACCACAUGUUCCUGUUGAAAGCAAGGAGCCCUCAGGCCUAAAACAAUCACCUAUAGAAGUACCACCACAAACCAGCACAGCUGAGUCUAUGCUGAGCUUUCACCCAGAGGCAUCGACGUCUGCUCCAUCCACAGAGGAAACACUUGCUCCAAAGUCCUCAGAGGAACCCAUAGUGCCAGCUGUUGAAUCAGCUGAGGCAGAUGAAGACAACCAGUCUGCUGCUGUGGAGGAGACACCGACACUCACACCUCCUACUGAACAGCCAUCCACAGAAAGUCAGAAAGGGAGCUCCAGUUUUAAGGCCGACCCUUCUCUCCUGGACUUCGGCCAGUCCAGCCCCGAGGACGAAGACCUCUACAGCACACGCAGCUGAGGGACCGCAGCUGGCACCAGGAGGGACCUCAUUCCCACACUGUCAUCUCGCAUCUCAUCCAGACUGUCGAGCGCCGCGUCUCAUCAUGCAGCGUAAAUAGGCCACUUUGCCAGCAGACAUUGUUAUGGACACUUUGAUCAACGUUUCCAUUCUCAUUUCAAUCUGCCCACAACCUUUAUAUUUCCCCAGAAAACAGCUGAGUUGAUUUGCAUAGCAGCAGCGGUGCAAUGAAUUCCAGUACAGAUAACCAGUACAGCGUACGUAAGGACACAGACCUGGAAAAAUACACCCACAGCUGUUUAAUUCACAGCCAAAAAAUUCUCCAUGUCAUGUGCAAUUGCUGACUUUUUGUGCUACAGCUUUCAUGACUGCAUGGUGCUUUUAUUUAUUGUAAUUCAGCCCACUGCAUUGGUUAGCUGGAAAUACUGCACAUUUGCUGCAAAUGAUAACAAGAUGAACUAGUGCCGCUUCGUUUUUGUUACAUAAAACGUGUCUUUCGUUGUUGAUUUCACAACUUGGAUUAAAUCUAUAUUUUUCAGGAAUGAA